AUGGCCGCACAGAAGAAGGUCCUCGUCGUCUUCACGUCGCACACCAAGCUCAUUGGCAACGACCACCCGACCGGAUACUACCUGCCCGAGAUCGCCCACCCGUACUACAUCUUCAAGCAGGCCGGCUUCGACCUGGUGGCCGCCUCGCCGGCGGGCGGCAAGGCGCCGCUGGACCAGUCGUCGGUCGAGGCCUUCAAGGGCGAUGCCGACUCGGUCAAGUUCCUCAACGACACCGAGGCGCAGCAGUGGGUCUCAAACACGCUGCAGCUCUCGACGCUCGCGGGAAAGGCCGACGAGUUCGACGCCAUCUUCUACCCGGGCGGCCACGGACCUUGCUUCGACCUGCCCCUCGACGAGACGAGCAAGGACCUCAUCCAGAAGUUCUACGAGUCCGGCAAACCCACCUCGGCCGUCUGCCACGCCCCCGCCGUCUUUACCGACGUCAAACUCUCCGACGGCUCCUACCUGGUAAAGGACCGCAAGAUUACCUGCUUCACCGACGAGGAAGAGGAGCAGGCCGGCCUCACAAAGGCCGUCCCCUGGCUCGUCGAGUCCCGCCUUCGUGAGCGCGGCGCCAUCUUCCAGAAGACGAGCCCGUGGGGCGAAAAGGUCGUCGUCGACGAAAACAACGGAAAGCUCCUCAUCACUGGCCAGAACCCCGCCUCGGCUGCCGGCAUGGCCCGCGAGGUCGUCAAGGCCCUCGUCGUGGGCGCCUGA